AAAUGAGUCAAUAUUGGGAAAAUCUCAGCCAUGGCCACAGCUAACCGACGUUUACGGACGGGUGGAGUCUCUUCAUGUUGUUUUUAGCAACAAGUGUCAAUAUAGCCUAGUUUUUAACAAAUAUAAUGGGUUGUGCUGUGAGUACAACGGGGGAUAAAGCCGCCCAGGCACGGUCAAAGAAAAUUGAUCGCGACCUAAGGGCAGAUGGAGAAAGAGCCGCUGGUGAAGUCAAACUUCUUCUACUAGGGGCUGGAGAAUCCGGCAAAAGUACCAUAGCGAAGCAGAUGAAGAUUAUCCAUGAAUUAGGUUAUUCCAAGGAAGAGUGCGAGCAGUAUCGGCCAGUUGUUUACAGCAAUACAAUUCAGAGUCUCAUGGCCAUUAUCAGAGCUAUGGGGCAGUUAGGAAUUGAUUUUGCUGAACCCAGUAAAACCGAUGUAGCCAGGCAGUUCUUUACUUAUGCAAGCGCGGCUGAGGAAGGAGAACUGACCCCAGAUUUGGUAAUGUUGAUGAAACGCCUUUGGCAAGACCCUGGUGUGCAGCUUUGCUUCUCAAGAUCUCGAGAAUAUCUCUUGAAUGACUCCGCUGCGUAUUAUUUGAAUUCCCUUGAUAGAAUCUCGCAGAAGAAUUACGUUCCUACUCAACAGGAUGUGUUGAGGACGAGAGUCAAGACCACGGGAAUUGUGGAGACUGAUUUUUCGUUCAAAAAUUUGCAUUUUAAAAUGUUUGAUGUGGGCGGGCAAAGGUCGGAAAGGAAGAAAUGGAUUCAUUGCUUUGAAGGAGUGACUGCCAUUAUAUUUUGCGUUGCUUUAUCAGGUUACGAUUUGGUUCUGGCUGAAGAUGAAGAAAUGAAUCGUAUGGUGGAAUCAAUGAAGCUUUUUGACUCAAUAUGUAACAGUAAAUGGUUUGUUACAACCUCAAUAAUUCUUUUCCUAAACAAGAAAGAUCUAUUCGAGGAAAAAAUUGCUCGAAGUCCUUUAACUAUCUGCUUUCCUGAAUAUGAUGGGCCGAAUACAUAUCAAGAGGCUUCGGCCUACAUUCGAAUGAAGUUUGAAAAUCUCAAUAGACGAAAGGAUCAAAAAGAAAUUUACACGCACUUUACUUGUGCGACCGAUACGAGUAACAUUCAGUUUGUUUUCGAUUCUGUCACUGAUGUUAUCAUUAAAAACAACCUGAAGGAUUGUGGUUUACUUAUGUAAGUUACUUAAACGUUUAUCCCGUAGUUACUUAAAGUCUGGUCUAUUUCGUUGCCCUGAUUAAUUUAGUGUAUUUUGAAUACCAUAAAAAAAAUUAUGUUUUGAUUUAGCAAUGAAAAGUAAAAUACGGUAAAUGUACAUAAUUAUCGGUUUGCCUUUAAAGCAGCGAAUCUUUUAGCUGUGAUACAGGGUAAUAAAAUGGACCAGUAAGAAUUGUCUGAAUAAUAUAUUCAUAACGAGUAUAUUUUUAAGUUUGUGUUGUGCUUAAUUUAGUGUCAAUAUUUAUUUGUUUCAAUUUGUACAAGAGUAUUACCAAGGUUUGUUACUAUUUUUCCCCUUCGUUCUCAAUCAUUCCCUCAACUAGAGCAUAUAGAAAAUUUGAAUCUCGAAUCCAGUAUAUUUUUAUAUUUUUAUCUAGAAUAUUCAUGGAUUUGAAAAACGGUUGUUAAUGGCUUGAUUGCUCUGUGUUGUUUUAAGGAACUUAACUAUAAUUAUAGGAGACAGUAUUGUCGUUUAAUAACAGCACAAAUAGAUAGCCAGUAAAUAACUUCUGUAUGCGAUACUGAAACUAUUUCCCGUAACAAUGCUUUCUUAAUGUGUCAUUUAGUUCAAUAUUGGUUUAGGUUGAACAUUCGUAAUUUGCGUUUAAGGUUUUCAUCUUGCAACUUAUAGCAUGACAAUAUGUAUUUCUUAGGUUUAUUUUUGUAAGCCCAUGGUGCAGCAACUAUGCUAUUUAAGAGGGUAUGGGAUAUUUGGUAAAAUAUGCUUAGAAAGUUCUCAAAAGUAGGUACUUACGUCACAUUUAGUGCACUGAAAAAACUAAGACUUAAAAUAAAUAUUAAUUAAAAUUUUCUUAAAGAAAAACUUCCAUUAGAUUAUUUUGAUCGUAAACAGAAGACAAAUUUUGUUUGGUUAAAAUGUGCCAUAUACGUAAAAAAAAAUCAAAUUUUCUCACAUUACGCCGCUGUUUUAUGUGCCAACUUCCCUUAAUCUGUACGCACACAAAGAAAAUUUAGAGGCAACCCCCUAAUAAAUUAAUGCAAUUUUUUGCAUAGUUUAAACAUUCCUUAAAUUAUAUUUUUGAAAAACAUCACAGUAUGAGGGCGAUGCAAUUUCCCGAAUUAAAGACUUAUUUCUAAUGAAUCUAUGAAGGCAAACGAAUUGGGCAACUUGAUGACUUUCCAAUAUAUCCUCGAAUUUAUGCGUAACUCUCUGUUAAACUUCUAAAUUCGUGUUAUAUACAAAAAUAAUAAUAAUAAAUAAAUAAAUUGUUUUGUUUAGGGAUUAUUAAUUGAUUCCAAUUUCAAAAGAACUGAUUGUAAUAAAAUAAUUGUCAUUUCAAAAUAGAUGCUCAGGUCAGCGUGCUCCUUCGUUUAAUCAGUAUCUUAUAAUGUUCUAUACAGUUUCAGUUCAGUUAAAUGACUUAAAUCUAAACAGUUUUGAGGCACGCAAUUUAAAAGCUUUUUUUGCUAGAGUCGAUUAAACCGAAAUUCCUUUAGAAGACUUAAUGCUCUGCAGGACUGCCAUGACAAAGAAAACCAGUAUUUUUAAACAAAACUUUACAACUUUUAUACAUUUUUCUACUUCGAAACUACUUGACAGUUAAUUUUAGCAACUUUAUUUUUGUAUAAGCACCUUUAUUACCUUAGAUGAGAACACAGGCGUAUUUGAAACUAGUGGGUUUUUCGGCUAUUUAGGCCGUUGUAAAAUGGAAUUUCUUCCUGAUGUUUGGCAAGCACGAGUAGCUUGCGAAACGUCAGGAAGAAAUUCCAUUUUACGACGGCCUAAAAACCCGAAAAUCCCACUAGUUUCAAGGAAUGGCCUAGAAAGUCUCUCUUUGGAUACAGGCGCGUAUUUGUUUAAAAUCUCCAAUCAGAGAUAAUUUCUUGUAACUUCUAUAUUUUUGUACACCUAAUAUGUAGUGUAUGUAUAUAAAUAAUGGAAAUAUAUAUUUUCAAAUAAA